AUGUUCCGUUCUGACGACUACAAUGAGUUUGGCGGGUAUUGUGACUCCGACGUCAAUAGCGGGAGCGACAGAGAAUCAAUUGAAGAGGGCUCUUGCUAUGUCAAUAUCAAAUACAAAGCCCAGGGACGCAAGUUCCUUGCUGAACUUGCCAGCCAGCGUAAGAACGGGGAAUUCCUCGAUGUUGUGGUACAAGUAGAGGGUAGUGAGUUCCCUUGCCAUCGCGCAGUGCUUGCAUGUACACCAUACUUCAAAACCAUGCUGUCGUCCAACUUCACUGAAAGUACCUCAAAGGCCGUACAGCUGCAUGGCAUUGACCCAUCCAGCUUCUCAAAAAUCCUGGACUUCCUAUAUACAGGGGAAAUCUGCAUCGGUAAAGACGAUGUCCAAGACGUUCUACAGACGGCGCAUAUGCUACAGUGCGAAAAGAUUCUACAGUACUGCCAGAAAUUCAUCCAAGACAACCUUUGCCCGGAUAACUGUCUGGGCGUCUUGCGCCUGACAGACAUGUAUGGUGAUCUUUCUGACCUGAAGAAGAGCGCGAGGACCAUGACAGUCUCAAACUUCUCAGAGGCCACAAAAGAUGAGGAGUUCCUUAGCCUUUCGUUGGAAGAUCUCUUAGAUCUACUUGGAGAUAAAGAUCUGAAAGCUGAAGACGACGUUGUCAAUUCUGUGAUGAGGUGGCUCGACCAUGCCCCCGAGAGCCGUCAAACAGCAAUCUUAAAGAUUUUGCCAGAAAUCCGUUUAUCUUGCGUGAAAGUUAGCGUGCUACGGAAGCUCGAGUCACACCCUGCGAUACGGGACUCCGCUGAAUGUCUGGCAAAGAUCACAGCAGCCAGAGAGAAACAUCUUCUCGGUACACAUGUAGAGAAAGAAGAGGCAAGGAGUAACAGAUGCGGGGUAUCGGACAAGCUGGCAAUCAUUGUCGGCGGUUGGAAGGCAGUCAAUAAACCACAUCUCCGCAUAAACGGCGAGUCAGAACCCCUUUCUGUACAUCCUUCGCCCGGACCCCUGCAAAGCAUAAUUUGCUUAGAUCCAGAUAAUCAACAAUAUUACCACAUAGCUAACCUUCCAACGCCUGUCAAUGGGUACAUGAGCGUGGCAAAUGCAAGGGAACACCUGUACGUGACAGGUGGGCGGGAGAAUCGUCUUAUCGGCAAGGGUCCUUACCCUAGCCCAUCCAGGCAAGCAUUUCGGUACCAUUUCCCCUCAGACAAGUGGCUGAGGUUGCCCGACAUGCCCCUCGGAAGGGCAGGGCAUCAGUCGGUGGUCGUUGACGGGAAACUCUUUCUGACCGGCGGUGACGCUGAGGAGAAGCCUUUGGUGACCAUGGAUUGCUAUGAUCCCGAAGAAGCAGCUUGGAUAAAGCUACCCGUGCCACCUACAUUAUUCACUCAGUCAUCCACAAAGUUGACAAUGACAGCUUUCGGAGACAAGGUUGUAUUCAUCACGGUGACUCCAACUGAGUUAGAGAGACUCUUUAACCUGUGUGUGCAUUUGUUUAAUGUGAAAACCAACGGUUGGAGGAAAGCCGAUACAUUUUUGGGGAACGCUUGGGCGGAGGUCCCAGACGUCUUUCUUCCGUCCUCUGCCAAUGGCAAGCUUUAUAUCCGUGCCGUAUAUACAGCGACAUCACAUUAUUCCGAACAGUACAUUUUCGAUGACGAGACGCAGACCAUCACUUCUGAGAGGUCUGACGAUAAACAGUGUUUCAUAGAUGACCUCCUUUGCGCGCAAAGGGAGUACUACUACUUCUCCACGAAAGGAAAAGAAAUUGUAGAUAACAUCAGCAACUACGGGUCUGGAAAUAACUACUGUCCAAAAAAGUGCGCGCCUCUUCCCUUUGCCUUAUUCGGCCAAAGCUUCCUUGACAUCCAAAAGAGCCUAGUAGGAUGGUACUGCCGAGACCUUGCCGCACUGGAGGAAGAGAACGAGUGA